AAUAUACACUAGCAAUUUCCUGUUUGGUGCUGUCUCGGGAGACUCGAAUCAUCAUUUUCUUCUUCUGCGUUUGCUCUCUGCCUCUGUCUUGAUUCGUGAAAGAAUGGCGUUUUUGCUCAACAAAACAGCCUUGUCUAAGCUUCGACACAAUCCUCAGAAAGCUGAUGAAACUUUGAUGCGAUCACGACGUGGAAUCCAUAUCGAACCCGGGGCUCGCGAGAAGGCUGAUGUUCAAGAAGUACCAAAGCUCUUGGCAGCGGAUCCCUCCUUGAAACGCUUUAAGUCGCAUAAACAGAGUGUGCGGAACCUUAAAAGGGUGGGAGAUGUUCUAACUAUUGUUGUUGUAGCAGGAUGUUGUUAUGAGAUAUAUGUGAGAGCUGUUAUGCGGGAAGAAGCAAGGAAGAACACAGAAGGAAGCGCAUAAUGGCAGAUCAUUCUGUUUUUGCAUAUUUUCACUGCCUUUGUUCUUCGAAACAUGGGGAAAAUGGGAUAAUGAAGGAUGGGUAUAUCUAAGUACAUGAAACUCGUGUUUUAACUUUUGUUUGGGUUGGUGGUAUGAAAAUAAAGUGGUUUCAAACAGUUGAGGUUGCAUCCCAACGCCUAGAACUUUGCAUGCAAAUUUUGGUUUUUUUUUUAACUUUAUGUUUGAAUGCUCUAAAAUGCACGUGAUGCCUGGUGAGAUUUUCUCACCUUCAAUUAUAUGGUGCUUUCACUUC